CUCCUGCCUUUUAUAUUUGGUGAUGAGAAAGAAAAGGGUUUCAGGACUCCGUUGGAGACGUUGGUACAGAAUAAAAUGGCAGCCCAACACACAUCUGGCCCCAGGGAAGGAAGAGACCCUGAUGUUCUCAAGGCAGGAGGUCUUGGGACCUUCUGGGAAGGAACAGCACAGAAGGUACGAGGUGAGGAGAUGCUCAGCUCAGAUACGCAGUGCCAGAAAUUCAGGAAAUUUUCCUAUGAGGGGGCUGAUAGUCCUCGAGAGAUUUGCACUUGGCUCCACCAUCUUUGUCGCCAGUGGCUCAAGCCAGAGCAACACACAAAGGCUCAAAUCCUGGACCUGGUCAUCUUGGAGCAGCUCCUGACCAUCCUCCCCCUGGAGAUGUCGUGCUGGGUGAGAGAAUGUGGAGCAGAGACCACUUCGCAGGCGGUGGCCCUGGCAGAAGCUUUCCUGAGUCUGAGUCAGGCAGAAGAGAAAAAGCAGGAAGAGCAGAAGAGGAGAAAUCCCUUGGUAGAAAUCCAGUUGGAUUUCCAUGAAGCAGAGAAACCUCCUUUUAACACAGGAAAAAGACCUCAAGGACAAGAAAGCCAUCAAGGCAAUGAGGAACGUUCCAGUUCAGUAGGGUCUGUGAAGAUGCUAACGACAAGUAUUCCUUCGUCUCUUCCUGGUGAUGCAGCGGAACCAGAUCAG